CUAAUUUUUUGUCACUUUCCUGCAUCAGAAUCACGCAAGGCGCGGUCCUCUUUUGAUCUUCGUUGUUUUCAGCAGCGAAAGUUGUAACUUUCCUCUUCAGACAACAGGAAGUCCAGAAUGGCGGAGGCUUCGCCUCCAACUUCAGCUCCGCCAUCGGAGGCCAAGUCAUCACCUCCACCUCCUCCAUUGGAUACUGUAAACAGACAAGUGAAGGACUGCCUUCCCCCGGCUCCUAAAGUUCUAACCGAGGAUGAAGUGUUCGAGGCGAAUGGCCACCCCCGCCUCGCCCUGCUCAAACAGCAUUUCUUCGAGGAGGGCCGAGUCGAUGAGAAAGUUGUUAUGAGGCUUUUGGAAGAGGGAUCUGCUCUUCUCCGGACGGAGAAAAACCUACUGAUUGUUCCUUCUCCCGUAACUGUGUGUGGAGACAUUCACGGACAAUACUACGACUUGUUGAAACUGUUCGAGGUCGGCGGACCGAUCGAGAAAACGAAUUACUUGUUCAUGGGUGACUAUGUGGAUAGAGGUUACUUCUCCGUGGAAUGCGUGCUUUACCUGUGGGCAAUGAAGAUCGUCUACCCGAACAAGCUGUUCUUGCUGCGCGGAAACCACGAGUGCAGACAUCUGACAAGCUAUUUCACUUUUAAAACUGAGUGUCAGGUGAAAUACAGUUUGGCAGUGUACGACGCUAUGAUGACCUCGUUCGACUGCCUGCCUCUCGCCGCCCUGAUGAACGAGCAGUUCCUGUGCGUGCAUGCGGGCCUGUCGCCAGAGAUCCUCACUCUGGCUGAUAUUGAUGAGAUUGAUCGUUUCCAGGAGCCACCAUCCAGUGGCCCAAUGUGUGACCUGCUCUGGUCCGACCCCAUCGAGAGCUACGGCAGAGAACGUACCGAUGAGCGCUUUGUGCACAACAACACCAGGGGUUGCUCCUACUUCUACACAUACCAGGCCGUGGACAGUUUCCUGCAGGCGAACAACCUGCUGUCGUUAAUGCGCGGACACGAGGCACAGGAUAAUGGCUACCGAACGUACAAGCGCAACCCAAAGACCGGCUUUCCGUCAGUGAUCACUUUAUUCUCGGCGCCAAACUACUGCGAUGUCUACAAUAACAAGGCGGCGGUUCUGAAGUACGAGAAUGACGUCAUGAAUAUUCGCCAGUUCAACUGCACACAGCAUCCAUACUGGCUACCGAACUUCCUCAAUGUCUUUACGUGGUCUGCUCCGUUUGUCGCAGAGAAGGUCACAAACGUCCUCGUCAACGUACUCAAGAUUUGCACAGAUGAUGAGCUAGGAGAAGUAGAUGCUAAGUCGGCACGGCACGAGAUGAUGAAGAACAAGAUCCGCUCCGUUGGCAAGCUGGCGCGUGCCUUCUCCGACCAGAGAGAAUCACAAGAAGUUGCCAUCAAGCUCGGUUCUCUCACUCGCCGUGGUUCUAUCGAUGACGUGCAGGCUGCAAUGAGCAAGCAGGGUGGGCUGUCUGCCGAGCUCAACUUUGAACAAGCCAAGGAACUGGACAGCUGCAAUGAGCGGCUUCCUCAGGCCGAGUAAGGACAGUCUUUACCUCGCCGUGAUGGUAAUGUAUUGUUUCAUGCACUCCUUGGCAACUCUUACUUGUGCGUCAACCACAGAAUAUGUCCUGCACUGGUGUGUUUCUGGUAUUAGUAUUAGGCAUCUUAUACUAUAGAUGCAUUUUUCAAAUGACGUACAUGUAGAUUCAAAACAUUUCCAAAAUCAGCUUCCAAAAAUCAAUGUAACGAGUUGUUGGAGAUAGUAUUGGACAUGGUGAGCAUUUUACCUUUCAGGUUAUUUUUCAACAGUUGUCCUAUCUAUAACGUUGUGAUUCUGCAUUGACAUGGUUAGCAUUUGCAGUUCUAAGAUACCGAUUGGUCAAUGUGUGUACCUUAGCAACAGUAACCCACACGUACACACUAAGGACUUAAUGUACAGACAUGGCACAUGUGCAGGAAACAAAUAUGUAUAUUCACCGUUGA